AUGGAGAAUUUUCUGAAUGCUUCUGCAUAUUGUCAACGCCUCAAGGGAUUGUCGGAUCAACUCAAGAAUGUCGGCGCACCCGUAUCCAAUGAUUGCCUUGUUCUUCAGAUGGUUGCGGGACUCGCAGAGGCAUAUGGUGGUGUUGGAACACUUAUCCGCCAAAGCAUCCCUCUUCCCCUCUUCUAUCAAGUCCGUUCUAUGCUCAUUCUUGAAGAAGCGGGCUUGGCUAAGAAAGCGGCAAUUGGUUUGAAUUCCACCAUGGUGGCUGCCAUGACCAAGGAGUCUGAUGAUACUCCCUCUUUGUCUGACGUAUAUCCUCAAAAAUUUGAUAACAGUGGUGGCAAAAAGGGUCCCCAUGACAAAAAUUUUGGGAGACAUCGCGGUGGUGGCAGAGGCGGCAACUGUGGUGGCGGUGGCGGACGUGGGGGUGGAUUUUCAAACAGGGAAACAUCUAAUGAGAUGUAA